AUGGCGAAGGACCUGGACGAGCUUCUGGAUGAAGUGGAGACCAAGUUCUGCAUGCUCGAGCCCCUGAGGCUGGGUGAGCGGCCCAAAGGCAGCGGCGGCGGCACCUCGCAAGGCGGCGACCGGAACGGAGCCCAGGAGGAGGAGGAUCUCAGGUCGACAGAAACAUUUAAAAGAGAAGAGGAUCUUGACAGUCUUAUUAAUGAAAUCUUUGAGGAGCCCAACUUUGACAAAAAAUCUUUUCAAAAAAUUAAAGCUAACUCUUCAAGUAACACAUCUGUCAGAGCUUCCAUUCAAGGCCUCAGUAAAAGUUGCAGUCCAGUGUACCUCAGUGGAAGCGCCGUUCCAUGUGGGGUUGGAACAAAUAUUUCACAGAGAGCAUGUGACCGACUUCGUUGCGUCGCCUGUGAUUUCUGGAUAGUGAGCUACAAUGACUAUAUGUGGGACAAGUCAUGUGAUUACCUGUUUUUCAGAAACAACAUGCCAGAAUUCCACAAAUUAAAAACAAAGUUGGUCAAGAAGAAAGGAGCACGGGCAUAUGCCUGCCAGUGUAGCUGGAGAAGCAUUGAAGAGCUGACAGACCUGCAGACAGAGCACCAGCUUCGCUGGGUUUGCGGUAAACACUGAGAAUGCGGAGGUUCACAUUCCA